UUUCAACAAGGAAUAGAUAAAUGGAGCACUCCUUGGUGGUAUGGUGACAUAUGUUGUAGCUUCUCUGUCCACAGAAAAACGUGUACACCAACUUGGAGUUCUUGAUAUCUUCAACCUCGUUACUUCAGCCAAACCAAAUCAUUCAUUGUGGUCAUGUCUUUUGCAGCAACAACUAUGCUCUAUUUCCUUCUCUUCACUUUCAUAUACCUUUUAUUCAAACUCUUCUUACAUCCAAAACAAAAUACCAUUAACCAUAAAAAGCCACCAGGUCCACCAACACUACCAAUAAUAGGAAACCUUCACAUGUUAGGUAAACUUCCACAUAGAACACUUCAAUCACUCUCCAAAAGAUAUGGUCCAAUCAUGUCCUUACAACUUGGUCAAGUUCCAACAAUUGUUAUUUCAUCUUCAAAAGGAGCAGAAUCAUUCCUCAAAACCCAUGACAUCGUUUUCGCAAGCCGACCGAAGAUUCAAGGAUCAGAGCUCAUGUCCUAUGGUUCUAAAGGGUUGCCUUUUUCUGAGUAUGGUCCUUAUUGGCGCAGUAUGAGGAAAUUUUGCACUUUGAAACUUCUUAGUGCUUCAAAAGUUGAGAAGUCGGGUCCUAUUAGAAAAGAGGAGUUGGGUGUUUUGGUUAACACUUUGAAGAAAGCUUCUUUGGUAGGUGAGGUUGUGAAUGUUAGUGAGAUUGUCGAGAAUCUUAUUGAGGAUAUUGUGUAUAAGAUGAUAUUGGGUAGAGGUAAGUAUGAGCAAUUUGACUUGAAGAAGAUGAUUAAAGAUGGAUUAACUUUGAUGGGAGCUUUUAAUCUGGCUGAUUAUGUUCCUUGGCUAGGCAUUUUUGACCUUCAGGGAUUAACACAAGCUUGCAAAAAAACCAGUAAAGCUCUUGAUGAAGUUUUGGAGAUGAUAAUAACAGAGCAUGAACAAACUACUAAUACAGACGAUCCUAAAGAUUUUGUAGACACAGUUCUUUCAAUUAUGCACCAAACCAUUGAUGUUGAGGGUGGACAAGAUCUCGUCAUUGAUCGAACGAUCAUCAAGGCUAUUUUGCUCGACAUGAUAGGGGCAUCAAUUGAUACAUCUUCAAACGUGAUAGAGUGGGCUUUAUCUGAACUUUUAAGGCAUCCAAGAGUGAUGAAAAUUCUUCAAGAUGAAAUACAAAAUGAAGUAGGAAAUAAGAGAAUGGUUGAAGAAAAGGAUUUGAAGAAUUUUAAUUACCUAGAUAUGGUGGUUGAUGAAACCUUAAGACUUUAUCCUGUUGCACCUUUAUUAAUCCCUCGUGAAUGUAGAGAGAACAUAACAAUUGAUGAUUAUUCUAUAAAAGAAAAGACACGAGUUAUAGUAAAUGCAUGGGCAAUUGGGAGAGAUCCUGAUGUUUGGUCAGAAAAUGCUGAAGAAUUUUACCCAGAGAGAUUUAUUGAGAAAAAAAUGAAUUAUCUCGGACAAGAGUUUGAAUCUAUACCAUUUGGUUCUGGUCGUAGACGUUGUCCUGGAAUUCAAUUGGGUAUGAUUACGGUUAAGUUGGUUAUAGCUCAAUUCGUGCAUUGCUUUAACUGGGAACUUCCACAUAAUAUUAGUCCUUCCAAUUUGAAUAUGGAGGAGAAAUUUGGACUCACUAUACCAAGAGCUCAGCAUUUGCACGCAAUACCAAGUUAUCGUUUGGAUGAUGCUAAGCUUGAAUAGUUCCAAGAAUAAUUACUAUGUUCGUGUUCAUCAAGUAUAUAAUUGGUAAAGAUGCUUAGGAGGUCUAUUAAUGAUGUUUUAAUGUAUAUUGCUUGUUCUUUAUAUAUGUUUGAUAGCCAACAUUUGAGUCUUCAUUGGGACAUGGAGGUCAAUAAAAUCACAUACCUUCAUGAUCAA